AUCACCAUAACACGGAAGCAGUACACAGACAGUAGGGGGGCAGGAAAAGCACGGACAGGCAGGCAGGUUAAGCCAAGUAAAAAUACGGACACAUAGAGACAUUAGGGAGGUGAAAAAAAGCGCAGGCAGGUAGACGGACAAACAGAUACAGGUGCAAAGCGAGCAUCAUGGCGCUGAUCCCCUCGCAGGUUCUCCGGGUCGCCAUCCUGCUGUCUUAUUUCUCCAUCCUGUGCCACUACAAAGCCUUAGACAUGCCGGCACACCAGACCUACGGCGGCAGCUGGAAGUUUCUCACCUUCAUCGACCUGGUGAUCCAGGCGGUGUUUUUCGGAUUGUGUGUCCUGAUCGAUGUGUCCAGUCUGCUGACUAAGGGAGGCGACAGCAGGGAGCAGGAGCGGCAGCUGAGAAAGCUGAUUGGCCUGCGAGACUGGAUGAUGGCCGUCCUGGCCUUCCCUGUCGGAGCGUUUGUGGUGUUUACUUUCUGGAGCCUCUACAUGUAUGACAGGGAACUGGUCUACCCCAAAUUAUUGGACAACUUCAUUCCUCAGUGGCUCAACCACGGCAUGCACACCACUGUUCUUCCCUUCAUCAUCAUCGAGAUGCGGACCACCCACCAUCGGUAUCCCAGCAGGUCGUGGGGUCUGGCGGCGGUGUGCUGCUUCGGUGUGGGAUAUAUCCUCUGGACAUGUUGGGUGCACCAGGUGACGGGCGUGUGGGUGUACCCGGUGCUGGAGCGCAUCGCACCCGUAGCUCGAGUCGCCUUCUUCAGUGCAAUGAUGGCAGUAAUUGGUGUCUUCUAUGUCCUCGGAGAAAUCCUCAAUAGCUACAUCUGGGAGAAACCACACACAGAAAAGGUCAAAGAAGCAAAAGCUAAACAUCCAUCCUGCAGAUCGAGGACAAAACAUGGACAAAAUAUGCACAUACAUGUAUCUUCAUAAAACAUAGGACAUAAACUCUGACAUACAGUAAACACAUGUAUGUAACACAUGUAUGCAGGGAAAGGAAACACACAUUAAUGGGACUUGUUUUUCUGGAAUUAGCACAUUCAAGUGAACAAAUUUCUUUAUUAGCUUCUUCAUAAUGAUUGAAAACCAGUGCUGUGUUGAAGAUUAUUAUUAUUAUUAGUAUUAUUAUUACUAUUCAUCUUGUGCUCUCACUACAUGUGUGGAAGAAACUAGAGGUCGGUAAAUUAUCAAUAAAGUCUGAGUGA